AUGGCGGAGAAGAGUACGGGUGGCUCUGCCGAUGGCGGACCCUCCCUUUACGGCUUCCCAACCGAUACACUGAGCGACAUGACACAGCUACCCGACUACGAUACCGACUUCAUCUCACCCGACGAUGUCGAUGCCUUUGUCCAGGCCCUGGCCGCGCCCGACCCAUUACAGUCACCGGCAGCCACCGCUUCAGUGAGCCCGGGCGAUGAGGGCAUUUCCCGGCAAAGUUCAACCGUCGCCACACCAGCCACCCUGACUAAACGAAAUUCGGCCAUGAGCAGUACAGACGGUGCUAGCAGCACCACCGGCGUUGACGCUUCCUUCUUUAUUACGGCGAAGAACGACUGGGCUCCCAUACGCGAAAGGGUCGAAGAAGCUGACGGCAAUGCUUCUGCUUCUGCUUCUGGUGCUGCUGCUCCUGGCUCUCGCCGCACUGCACCUUUCUUUUCGGCAGCAUCUGCAUGGCUGCCCUCAUUUUUCACGUGGAAGAAAACACCCUCUUCCGCGGGCACAACACAAUCAGGCGGCGGAAACAGCGGAGUUACCAGCAAACGGUCGCGCCGCCAAGAGCAGCGACGCCGGGCGGCCGCCGCAUCCACUGCCGCGGGGAAGCGCUCCCGCAAACGAUCUGACAAGGCCGGCUCGUCAUCCCUAGGACGCCGCACGCGCGACGAAACACGCGAGGGCUAUCUGUACGGCCUGCUCAAGUGGCCGUUCCUCAUUGGCGUCUUUGGCUGGAUAAUCGGCCUGUCCAUUGCCUACCUGCUCACGCGCAUGUACAUUGCCGCGUACGAGCAGCUCAUCACCUGGCGCGGCCGCCGCCAACGCCUGCGCCACCGCAUGCGUGCCACAAAUAAUUACGCAGACUGGGUUUCCGCCGCCAACGCGCUCGAUGCACACCUUGGCAACGACCGCUGGAAGGAGGAAAACGAGUUUGCCUUUUAUGACUUCCGUACGGUGCGCCGCGUGGCCGACCACCUGCGGAAGUGCCGGGCGCGAGCUGAAGCAGCUGAGGCAGCUGAGGCAGCUGAAGAAAGACCAGAAGACGCAGCCACCGAGGGCGGCGACAAGAAGAACAAUGUGAGCGAACUCAAGGCGCUCGUGGAGGCGUGCGUCAAGAACAACUUUGCUGGCAUAGAAAACCGGCACCUGUACAGCCGGACAUACUACGGAACCAAAAACCUCGUGCAGAGCUUUGUCGAUGAAGUCGAGCGGAGUCUGGAGUUUUUGAUCCAGACCAACCAACUCGACGCCGCCGAGAAGCGCGCAUUGUUCAAGCGCCUCUACGCCAACUACGGCCGGACUGCCCUCUGUCUAUCAGGUGGCGCGUCGUUUGCCUAUUACCACUUUGGCGUAGUGCGGGCGCUUCUUGACGAGGACCUGCUGCCCAAUGUCAUCACAGGCACGAGCGGUGGCGCCCUGGUGGCGGCUCUCGUCGCGACCCGGACUAACGACGAGCUGCGGCAGCUUCUCGUGCCCGCUCUGGCCGGCAAGAUCAACGCCUGCAGCGAGCCGUUUUCUGUCUGGUUUCGCCGAUGGUGGAAGACGGGUGCACGGUUCGACUCGGUCGACUGGGCGCGGCAGUGUGCCUGGUGGUCGCACGGAUCGAUGACCUUCCGCGAGGCCUAUGAGCGCACGGGUCGUAUCCUCAACGUCACCUGCGUGCCAGCGGACCCACACUCACCGACGAUUCUGUGCAACUACCGCACCGCACCCGACUGUGUCAUCUGGUCGGCCGUGCUGGCCUCGGCGGCUGUCCCCGGCAUUCUGAAUCCCGUGGUGCUCAUGAUGAAGACGCCCGGCGGCCGGCUUGUGCCGUACUCGUUUGGCCACAAGUGGAAGGACGGCAGCCUUCGCACGGACAUUCCGAUCAAGUCACUCAACCUACACUUCAACGUCAACUUUACCAUUGUCAGCCAGGUCAACCCGCAUGUCAACCUCUUCUUCUUCAGCAGUCGCGGCUCCGUGGGCCAGCCCGUGACGCACCGCAAAGGCCGCGGCUGGCGCGGCGGCUACUUGGGCUCCGCCUUUGAAGAGUACCUCAAGCAAGACUUGCGCAAAUGGCUCAAGCUCCUGCGCAAUCUAGAGCUGCUGCCGCGGCUCCUGGGCCAGGACUGGUCCGAGCUGUGGCUGCAGCCGUUUAGCGGCACCAUUACGAUCUGGCCCAAGUCCAUACCCUCGGACUUUGUGCACCUCCUGUCGGAUCCUGACCCGCCGCGGCUUGCGCGCAUGCUGCACGAGGGCCGGCAGUCGGCGUUCCCGCCGCUCAAAUUUGUAUCGAACCGGCUGCGGAUUGAGCGGCUCGUCGAGCGGGGCCGCUUGGAGACGCGGUUGCAGGCCGCCGGUGGCACUGCAGCGGGGGCAGCCAACACGGCCAACGCCGAGCGCUCAGACCGUGUUGGGGGUGUGGGUGAUAACAGCGGUCGCGGUCGCAGUCGCGGCUUGCUACACCUUGGCAACCUUGGCGGACAGGGCCACACCGUCAGCAGCAGCCUCGACUCACUGAUGAGCGACGACGACACUACCAGCCUCACGCGCCUGCGGCGACGCCGCCGGGACUUGGCAUCGGGCAUCGGCCUGGGCCUAUCAGGUUCCCUUGCUGGUAGUGGACUGGGCAGCACAACCGCCACGUCGGACGAGAACAACCUUACGUCCGACACGGACGGCGACCUGGACCUUUCAGGUGGCGGAAUCGGUAUACAGAAUACGCUCCAAGACAGCUACGACGACGAUGAGGAGCCGGGGCAUGGUGUUGACUUUGAUGACGACGUGCCCAUUGUGGAGGAAACCGAAGCAGACGAAUAA